UAUCUAUUCACCAAACCAGUCCGGAAGCCGCUGGAUUAGCCCGCUCCGGGACCUCCCUAGUGAGGCCCCGGAAGGGAAGCAGGUGUCAGGUUACGGCCUGGACCGAAGGCGAUAGUACAGAGUGAAGGGGAGAAAUAGGCGUGUCCCCCUGGCGGUCACCUGGUGGUCACUGGUGGUCACUUGGUGAUGGCAGGUAGGGGUGUCCACAGUAGUUCAUUGAUCUCUGCCCUCUCUAUCUUCCUCCGUCUCGACUCCUUACUUAUAGCCAGCCGAGGUUCUCUCUUGGAUUCUGGAUGUUUGCUUCCGUAUGUCUGUGUUCCUCCGACUUCAGCCAAUAUCUUGGAUAGCGGCUCCUUAUCUGCAACCAAGCGAUUCCCUAUCCGCUGCAAACGGCUUCAACGGCUCUCAUUCGCCACAAGCGGCUCUCUAGCCGCCACAAACGGCCUCCCGGCUCCUCAUUCGCCACAAACGGCUUCCUUCCUGGUGGAAGCCGGCCCGCCUCGGAUGACACUUGUGGCUCUGACAGCAGGUCCUCGUAGGGGACUUCAAUACACAUCACCCGUUGUGGGACAUACACGGACGAUCGUCACGGGGUAGCGAGAAUGUGGUAGAGUUUGCGCGACGGUGGCAAUUAGAACUCGCCACACCUUUCGGGGAAAU